AACGAUAAUAAAUCUUAGGAACCGAGUUGGCGAUACAUCUGGGUAUAUAACCUCAGAGGCGGUCAGUGGCGAGGGGCUUUGGUUAUCUACGGACCCCUAUCCACGCGGCUGGCGGGGCGGGAUUACUUCCGAUGCCGCCCCGCAAUUCCGCCCCAAGCUAAUUAACCGCUGGCGCCGGCACAAACGAAAAGCUCCAUGACAGCAGCAGAACCGCGCAACCUGACCGCGUUGGGACCUCUUUGGCUUGACACAAGGCUCUAAGCGCGGUUGGCUCUUUUUUAAAAAGUAUUUAGCAUAUCAUUGACUGGUCGAGCCCGAGGAACACAGCCCUGUGUUCUGUCCUCAUUUCCGUUUCUUAUCUUGUUUUUUUUUUCCUCGAGCCAGUUCUGCAUUAUACCCACCAUGUCUCGGUCUGCCGACCCAGGGCAUUUCUUCCAGACGGAAACUGCUCUGGAAAAGAGCCAACGGAAGACCAUCAAGUCCAGCAACACAAACGGCGACCCAAUAAAGCUUACUUCCAAGGUCCUCGCUGUUGUCCCGGACCCUGCGGAUGCGGGCAGAGCUUAUGUGGCUGAGAGUGCGGGCGUAAGUGGUGACAAGUCUACUAUAUACCGCGGCCCUACCGCCCCACUUACCUCUCUCGCGAUAACAUCAACCACCGUCUACGCAGGAUGCUGGGACAAGGCCAUUUGGAGCUGGGACAUUUCGAGCCGCGCCCCACAGCGACGGUUUGUCGGGCAUGGCGAUUUCGUCAAAGCUCUGCUUUGCGUACGGCUUGGCGGCAAGGACUUGCUCGUCUCAGGCGGCGCAGAUGCGGCAAUCAUCAUCUGGGACCUGACUUCCGGCGCAAAGCUUCACACACUCAAGGGCCAUACGCGGGGUAUACAGGAUCUCGCUCUUGAUCCGGCAUCGAUCAUCAUACCCGACGCCAACAAUGCCAACGACAGCACCGCACAGAAAAGCGAAAUCACAAUCUUUAGCGCUGGCAGCGAUCGCGAGAUUCGACAGUGGCAAAUCGCUGUCUCGGGCCAGAAAGCACAGGGCAAUAGCAGUAGUAGCAGUAGUAGUAGCACUACCGGCAGCAGCGACGGUAUCGUUGAGGCGAGCGAGAUCACACAAACCUCGCCGCUCAUCCGCCACGAAACAAGCGUGUACAGACUCCGCUUCGACGCCGACGACGACCUGUGGACCGCUUCAGCAGAUAACUCUGCCAAAUGUCUGUCCCGCGAACGCGCCUGGGAAGACGACACGGUGCUCGCGCAUCCUGAUUUUGUCAGGGACGUGGUGAUUGACGACGAGGCCGGGUGGGCAAUAACCGCGUGUCGGGAUGAGGAAAUUCGCGUCUGGGAUAAAAGUACCGGCUCCCUAAUCCACACCUUCUCCGGCCACUUUGACGAAGUCACCGGCCUAGCGAUCCUGCAAGGGGACCGACAAGGCAAAAUCACAGACACAGGCACAGGCAAACAAGAACAGCAACAACAACAACAGCAGCAGCAGCAGCCUAUUAAAACUCUCAUCAGCGUCUCUAUUGACGCUACGUUGCGCAAAUGGAAUCUUGACCCAAAGGACAUGCAGGCAGCGGCGGCGGCAGCAGCAUCGUCUUCUGGCCAGGAUGAGGAGGCGGAGCAGCAGGGUGAUGAGGACAACAAGGUAACGAACAAAGAGAAGAAGAAUAAUGCCAAAGCAUCCUUAAUGACGGAAGAAGAAGAGCGGGAAUUGGCUGAAUUAAUGGACGACGAUGAUGAGUAGAUCCGAAUUACAAUAGACGAUAUAGAGAUCACAAGACCAGGUUAAACCUGUCACAAGUCUAUAAAUGACGUGAACUAUACAGAGGCAUACGCAGUACAUGGAAAUGAUAGAAGUAGCUAUAGUCAGUUGAAUAAUUUCAAUGAAAAAAAUAGAAUUGAUAUAUACAACUUGAUUCAGAAAAGAAAGUCAUACUGAAGCAGCAGAUAUUAUAGCUAUGCGCCACAAAUCCGGUUCCCAAAUAAUAAACAUGUGCGGAAAUUACAUACAGCGAAAAAAUAAAAAAAAAUAAAAAAUAAAAAAUAAAAAAUAAAACAAAGAUAUUCCAAGUCCAAUAGAACAGAGACAUGUCCGGUCAGCAGUCUGAUAACAAAAAAGCUCAAAUCACUAGACUCCAAGACGAGAAUGAAAGUAAAUACAGUCAAAUUAUAUAAAAAAAAAUUAAAACAGAGGAAAU